UUGAGAAUCUACGUCAAGAUCAUGACGACGAUGUGUUUUUAAACGAAAAUAAGGAGGGAAGUUAAGUUGUCGUUGCGUCAUUUGAUUCACCGUAGAGGAACAUGUCUGAUAUCCUUCCUAUAUAAACGACGAGGCAAGUUUUAAGAUUAUUUAGUCUUACACUACAUUAAGAAGGAUUUUUUUUUAAAUAAAUUUAACCAUGAAAAUUUCGUUCGCCGAUAACUUAAAGAGAAAAAAUGGGAAUCAAUUUUAUCAAUAUUUAUGUACAGCUACAGCAACUUUAACGUUAUUAACAUCGGCUAUGCAUUAUGGUUGGCCAUCACCUUCUUUACCGAAAUUGCUAGCGAAUGAGCAUCAUUUCCAAAUAAGUGAUGAACAAGGUUCUUGGAUUGCUGUAAUAACUUUAAUCGGGUGCCCAUUUGGUGCUAUUUUAGCUUGCACUUUAGUAAACAUUUUGGGGAGAAAAAAAGUGAUUUUAUUAACCGGCCCAAAUUUAAUCUUAGCCUGGAUAUUAGUUGCUUAUGGUAAACGAGUCGAAAUCAUGGUUUUCGCGAGAUUCAUCGCAGGGAUUUCAGAUGGGAUUAUAUACACGGUGAUUCCCAUGUACAUAGGUGAAGUGGCCGAUCCGAAUAUUCGGGGAUUAUUGGGUUCAAGUUGCUCCGUUACGAUGAUGUUUGGAAUAUUAUUAGUAAAUAUAUUGGGGGUUUAUUUCGAUAUAACAACUUUAGCGAUGAUUUCGGUUUCGAUACCGCUCGUUUUUUUGAUCACUUUCCCUUGGAUGCCGGAAAGUCCUUAUUAUUUAGUGAUGAAGGGAAAAAUGGAAGAUGCGAAAGCGAAUUUAAGAAAAUUAAAAGGAAUCGAAGACGUUGACGCGGAUAUUAACCGAUUAACUAACGCUGUUAAAGAAAAAAAUAAAAAGGAAAAAGCGCGAAUUUGGGAUUUAUUUUUGGUUCGAAGUAAUCGAAAAGGAAUUUUAAUCAUAAUGUGUUUAAGAGCUGUGCAACAAUUAAGCGGGAUUUCGGCGUUAACUUUUUAUGCCAACACCAUUUUUAAAGAACUCGAAGAUACUUUAUCGUCGAAUAUAACAACAGCGAUUUUUUUUUCGAUUCAAUGUCUUAUUUCGAUGUUAUCCGCUUUUUUAUUAGACAAAGCUGGAAGAAAACCUUUAUUAAUAACAUCGGCUAUAGGAUGCGCUUUAUGCCUCUUAUUACAAGCAACUUAUUAUUACUUAAACACCAAAUUAGACAUUUCCCAUUUAAGUUUAAUCCCAAUAAUCUCAUUAAUCUGCUACAUAAUCGCUUAUUGCAUAGGAUUAGGUACAAUCCCGGUUUUAAUGCUCAGCGAGCUUUUCCCAACGACCAUAAAAGCUUUCGCGUUGUGUUUCGCAGAAUUAUAUUUUAGUUUGAUCGCAACGGCGGUUUCGAAAUUUUUUCAAAUCACGAAAGACACCUUUGGUAUUUACGUCCCUUUUUAUGUCUUCGGGGUUUGUACCAUUAUCGGAUUGAUUUGGGUCACCUUUUCAAUCCCAGAAACGAAAGGAAAAACGUUAGAAGAAAUUCAAGAAUUGCUACAAAACUCAAAUAAAGAAAAAGAAGAUACGAUCGAGGCGUAAACAUAAAAAUAAACGAUUUAAUUAAGAUCUUUGAUCUUAUACGACUGAUCUAUGUGGUAACAUUGUACCUAAAUGCGAUCUUUGAUUUGAAUUCAAACGGUUUUAUUAACCGCAGUUGACAUCGAUUAACCCCUUUAUUCUUAGAAUCGUACUGAUUAAUUUAUAAGAACAAAAUAUUCCUAUAACUAAUUAAUGUAAUUUUUAUAUUUUAUUUUUGAAAAUAAAAAUUAAUUA